CCAUCAAAUGGACCAACCGCAUGUGCAACAGGUCAAACCUGGCCAUGGGGGGGCAGAGUGUCUCUACUGCUGUUCUCGGCAGUGAGGACCCACCAUCAGCAGUGAGGACCCACCAUCAGCAGUGAGGACCCACCAUCAGCAGUGAGGACCCACCAGGCAGUGAGGACCCACCAUCGGCAGUGAGGACCCACCAUCGGCAGUGAGGACCCACCAUCGGCAGUGAGGACCCACCAUCGGCAGUGAGGACCCACCAUCGGCAGUGAGGACCCACCAUCGGCAGUGAGGACCCACCAUCGGCAGUGAGGACCCAGUAGGCAGCACUGAGUUUGACAUGAUGUCAAGGAAGGUUAUUGCAGCGGGCAGCUCGGCCGUAGCCAAUCAAAACGCGCAAGUGGUCCAGGCCUUCCCCUGUACCCAUGACAACGAGGAUUCUAAAGCCAACAUCCUUUUAAGGACAUAGGUCUUGCAUCAAGGCACCAUACCAUGACUGACCUUUGGCAGAAUGCCAUGGACCAUGCUGUGGCUCUGGCCAGGAAAGCAGGCUCGCUUGUAAGGGAUGCAGUACAGAAUGACAUGAAGGUUAUGUUGAAGAGUUCUUCUGUGGACCUGGUGACUAAAACUGACCAAAAGGUGGAGCAACUCAUUAUAGACUCUGUGAAGGAGAAAUUCCCCACGCACAGUUUCAUAGGCGAGGAGUCGGUGGCUGCUGGAGAGCCCUGUGUUCUAACUGACAACCCAACCUGGAUUGUCGACCCGGUAGAUGGAACCACUAACUUUGUCCACGGAUAUCCAUUUGUUGCCGUGUCUAUUGGCUUUGCAGUCGACAGAAAGCUGGAGUUUGGAGUGGUGUACAGCUGCAUAGAAGACAAGAUGUACACAGCCAGGAAAGGGAAGGGGGCCUUCUGCAAUGGACAGCUCCUUAAUGUGUCAGACCAGAAAGAAAUCAGCCAGUCUAUCAUUGCUACUGAGUUUGGUUCCAACAGGGACACAGAGGUGGUUGACAAAAUCUUCUCCAGCAUGAGAAAGAUCCUGUGUUUACCCAUCCACGGGAUUCGAGGUGUUGGCACAGCGGCCACAAACAUGUGUCUGGUGGCGUCGGGCUGCGUGGAGGCCUACUACGAGAUAGGGAUUCACUGCUGGGACAUCGCUGCCGGGGCCAUCAUAGUCACAGAGGCAGGGGGCGUCCUCAUGGAUGUAGAUGGUGGACCAUUGGACCUCAUGUCCAGAAGGGUUGUGGCUGCAAAUAACAAGAUAAUCGCUGAAAGGAUUGUCAAAGAGAUUGACGCGUUUACCCCUCUGCGAGAUGAUGCAUCUACAGAGACAGAAGACUGAACAAGGAAAAUUGCUAUGUUUUAAGUCAUAUUCUUAGGAAAAAAAAAAUGUUUUGCUUGUUUUAUUUUUUUUCCAAAAGAUAUCACUGUUCUUGAACAAUUCUGGUCAUUUAAAACCAAACUUUUUGUCCUAGCAUUUUGUGUUUUAUACGUUUUUAAUUAGUUCAUUUUUAAAUAUUAUAAUUGUUUUAUGUCAACUGAUCAGGAAGAUCAUUUAUGUUUUAAGACAGUACUGUAUAUGUAUCACCAGUCAUGUAUGUAAAAAAAUAAAUAUAUAUAUAUAUAUAUUUUA